CCUACCGAGGACCAGAAACGAAAAGGAAUACCUUAAAUUGAAUUUCUUUUUUUUUUCUUUCUUACUGCUUUGGAUCAUUUAUGAAAAAGCCAUUUAUAAGGAGGUUGGAUAUAGAACGGUGAUCUGCAUUAUUUGUUUCCCCCUUCUUCCUUUUUUUGUUAUUGUUUUUUUUCCCCUGUCCUUUUCUAAUACCUUGGGAGAGACGGACUUCUUAAGUGCAUCAUUAUGUUGAACAAUAUGGAUUUGAAUGCGAAAGAUUCUUUUUAUCCUCAGUUUGAGAAUUGCAACAGUUCUUCCCUCGGAAUGGAAAACGGCGUGCGGAAAGAUAACAACCAAGAGGUGUUUGUCGAUGCAGAGCGGGGGGUACCUGCCCAGUUUGGCCACGAAGGAACCCCUGCAACCCUAAAAACGGAGGCUUCCAACUCGGAGUACGCGUUUACCCACUGCGAGUGCCCAAAAGACGCAUACACCCCCUCCUCCUCCUCCUCCUCGCUCGCCUACUCCGGCAGCUUCUAUGUUGAGGCAUCUCAGGGAGCGCCCUGCAGCACCGAAACACUCCUCAAUAUGAUCACCGAGAUCGUGGGCAUAUCCACGCUGCCGCUCUCAGAGGCGCAACAGAACGGCCACUGCAGCCGGGGGACAUACCCCUCUCCCGGGCCUCCAGACAGCAGCUCUGGCGGCUUCGGGGACUCAAAGCGGCAGUCAUACACCUGUUCCGGAUCCGAUCAAGACCAAACCCCGCAAGACAACCAAGCCCAUCAAGACCCGUCCACUUCCCAGUUCGGCUUUCAAAAGAAGCCAGAGCCAAAGUCGGAGGCCGCUUCUUUCCCCGUUGUAGUAAAGAAUGAGUUUGAAAACAGCUGCUAUGAGUGGGGGAGCUUUAACAAUAAGUCUGACUGUUUGGAAACCACUUUCCACUCAGAGACGUUCCCCAUGUCCAAUGAUUUCCCACCUGAUCAGCAAAUGGACGUUAAGGACCUUUUGGAGACUUUCCCCCCUAUUUGUCCCAACCCAGAGAUGGAGUUUAAGGUGGAGGGGGGGAUCAAACAGGAGCCAUGUUUCUCUGACACCUGUUCCCAGAGUUACUCCAGCCCUCUCUAUAAUAAUUACCUCCCACCACCACCAACUAUGGGCCUGAAACCCUUUCCAGAACCCCCGCAGCCAUCAAACCAGUGCGACCCUCUCUACACAUCACCAGCCUUACCCAGCACCAUAGACUCCAUCCUAUACUCCUCCCUGCUGCCAGACUCCUUCCCGCAAACUUACACCAACCGCACGGCGAAGCCUCCCGGCAGCAGGGCGAGAAAGAGCCCCGCCUCCUCCUCCAACGGCCCGGCCAAGGAGAAGCCCUUCACCUGCCCCAUGGAGAGCUGCGACCGGCGCUUCUCCCGCUCCGACGAGCUUAACCGGCACAUCCGCAUCCACACGGGCCACAAGCCCUUCCAGUGUCGCAUCUGCCUGCGCAGCUUCAGCCGGAGCGACCACCUUACCACCCACACCAGGACUCACACUGGGGAGAAACCCUUUUCCUGCGACGUGUGCGGUAAGAGGUUCGCCCGCAGCGACGAGAGGAAGCGGCACGGACGCGUUCACCUGAAGCAGAAGGAAAAAAUGGAGAUAAAGCCACAGGUGACCGCUGGGCCAUGGCCGUUCAGUCUUCCAGAGGGAAUAUGAAAGUUGCGCCCUUUUUGUUUGGCGGGAAUAAAAUGUUAAAAGAUGAAGCCAGCCUGACUUGGUUUUGCUUUGCAAAUCAUCCUGUAAACUCAGAGGUUUAUUUUCAGAGGAGCAAGGAGGAGGAAAAGAGCCUUAUAGCGCGUUGCUGCUGACUUUCUGCAGCCAUGCCAAAGCUGCACAGGUCGGCUAGCAGAUCAACAGAGACUUGUUGCUUUAACUUUCAGAGGCGCCAAAGCCUCUGUGUUCUACACUGCAUGACCGGUCUGUUUCAGCACCUCUUCAAUCUGGACAGCUCCAGCCUCCAUUUGCCUCAGAGCCAUGUGUGGAUUGCAUUUACAGAUUAGAAAUUAUGAAUAUUUCAAUUAAUAGAUUCCUUAGUUUCUGCUUUUAGCAUUCGUAGAGCAAUGAUUUUAACCUAUGUUUUCUUCAAAAAAAAAAAAAACAAAGUGCAUGUUUGUGUCAAUGUUUUCUUUCACUUAACUGGAAUAUCAGCCACUCUCAGCCCCUCACUCAUCGCAGUGAAUUAAAGGGUUGUAUUUUUGUUUUGUUUUUUAGACAUGAAUGUAUGGUUUUGACCAUGAAGCUGUUCAUCUAUGAUCAGUUUAGUGUUUUUAUCUUACUCUUCAUUUUACUGUCAAUGUUUCUUUUGUCACUGGUCUUUGUGUUGUGUUACAAUCGUUUAUUAGAUUAUUACAGUUGUGGAAGAUAUAUCAUAAAUGGGAAAUAAAUAUAUUUGUAUCACUGUACCUCUUUGUAUUUUUAUAGAUUAAGUGAAUAUUUGACAAUUAAUCAUAAAGUGAAAUGUAUUCUCAAUUAUAAAUAAUGUCUUGAUUAAUUAUAAUUUUUUUUUAGGGCUAUCAUUUCGUAACAAUAUUUUGAAUGUUACAGUUUGAUAUGACAAAAAAAAAACACUUUUCGCAAGUCAUUCCUUUAUUGGUGAGAUAGAGAAAAUUGUCUCGAUGAAUUGUUGAUAUGGAUUUUCAAUGGGAAUAUGUACUUCAGUAAAUUAGACUCUUUUACAGGUUGUACAGAAUUAUGUUCAGCUGAGCUAGAAGUUCCUAGCAAACCACAUAAACAUUGCUUUUGAGUAAUCUGGUAGCACACAUUGCUGCGAGUCUCUGUAGACUGUAGAUUAAAGGGUUUUGGACGUCUGGUUCCUUUUGCUGAGGGUACUUUUUGCUGAAAUGUUCACUUUAGCAAAAUAAAUAAAUAAAUAACAAAUACAAUAAAAGCAUUGAAGUAUUUGGUGAUAUUGUCACCAACAGGGUAUUGCAAAAAAAGUAAUUUAACUCGCCUUAAGUUAUAUUAACUG